UUUUCCGUGGUGCUUAGGCUGCUGGGGAUCGAUGAGUGGCAGCACACUGGUUUCCAGUACGAUGUGAUCAGCUGUCUGAACCUGCUGGACCGCUGUGAGCACCCCCUCCAUCUGCUGCAGGACAUCCGGCUGUCGCUGGUUCCCAGCACUGGGAGGCUCAUCCUGGCUGCAGUGCUUCCCUUCCAGCCUUAUGUGGAAGUCGGAGGAAAAUGGCAGCGUCCCAAAGAACAUAUAAAAGUACAAGGAAAAACCUGGGAGGAGCAAGUAACUAAUCUGUCCAGUGAGGUGUUCCGAAAGGCGGGGUUUGAAGUGGAGGCUGUGACCCGGCUGCCAUACCUCUGUGAAGGAGACAUGUACAAUGAUUACUACGUUCUCGAUGAUGCCGUUUUUGUUCUCAAGGUUUCAGACAAUACUUCGGAGUCUGCUUGAAUACCAAAUGAACGGUUAGAGACAUGGUUGGAUUUUAGUGCAAUUUUCAUAAGCCUCAUUUAUACAACACAGUAUUUAUUUAGAAAUGGUGUGUCAGCUGUGAUGCUCAGGUACUGUACUUCCUUAUUAAUCAGCCAUGUUGUGUGACAGUGAUUCUCAGGUACUGUACUUCCUUAUUAAUCAGCCAUGUUGUGUGACAGUGAUUCCUCUACUUGAAGGACUAAAUGGAUUUUGAACUGCCCCUGAACAUCAAAUCACCAUGCUGUAGGUGUUCCCUCUAGAGAGCUUGUUAUCUGUGGGAAGUGUUUACUAUUAGAGCUUCAUCAUUUUGUCAUAUCAUGUUUCUGAUUCCAGGGUUCAGUGUAUGCAUGCACACACUUGAAUUAAUCAUUGUGAAUUGGCAUUUUUAAAUUGCUGUUAUUAAUGAAAAAAAAGUGUGAAGCCUUCUCAAAGCAAGCCUCUGUAACUUAGUGUAUGUUAAAAGCAGCUAACAGCUGAGAGACCUCUGAGAGCUACUCGUUACAUCACCUGGCAGGCUGCCCUGUUUAAAGCUGGCGUCUGCAUCCUGUUGCUGUGUUCCUGGUGGAUGUUCAUGUUUUGAUUGUUUGCAACUCCUGGAAGCUUUGUGAGAUUCCAUAUGUUGUCAUAUAUAAUUUCUAACAUUUGUUCACGUUAAUUGUUGGGUUUCUUCUUUUUACCGAUGUAAUGCACCCUGAGACAGAUGUAUAAAAGGCCCACGUGACAUCAAAUGUCAUUGAUUUCAUGGUGCUUCAUCCAGUGGGUUCGGUUUCCUUUGAACUGCAACUGAGCAGGGGAACAUCUGACCAUGGUGUGGCGGAGUGCUGCCAUUCUUCAAAAUCUAGGUGGAGAUGAUACAAAAAUAACUCUUCAGGAAGUUUGAUCCAUGUCUGUGGAGCAUAACAAAUUAAAGCUGCCCUGCAAAUUUGGUUCUGAGCCAAAUGUGCAGGGCACACAGCAAACUGAGGGGAUACAGCAGCAUUUCCCAAUUGUAUUGUGGUGCCAAUCCAUUUAGAUCUUAAAGUUUAUACUGAAGUCAAAA